CAAUCCGUGCCGACUCAAACUGCACGCUGCCAAACAACCCUGUCUGUGUACUUUUACCUGUUGACUUUAUUGUAGCAGCCAUGGCCUCGUCUACUUCCUCUGCUAUGGCCAAGUGGGCCGCGCAAGCCGCGCGGGGCUUUGCUGCUGCUGCUCCGAGCUCGGGCAAGGGCCGCAAGGUCGCCGUGCUGGGUGCUGCUGGCGGUAUUGGCCAGCCCCUGUCCAUGCUCAUGAAGAUGAACAGCCAGGUGUCGUCUCUGUCGCUCUACGAUAUUGCUGGCACCCCCGGUGUGGCCGCUGAUGUCAGCCACAUCAACACCAAGGCGCAGGUCAAGGGCUUCGACAAGGACGGCCUGGCUGAGGCCCUGCGUGGGUGCGACCUGGUCAUCAUCCCCGCCGGUGUGCCCCGCAAGCCCGGCAUGACCCGCGACGACCUGUUCAAGAUCAACGCCGGCAUCGUGCGUGACCUGGUCACCGCCGUGGGCCAGCACUGCCCCGGGGCCGUGCUGAACAUCAUCUCCAACCCCGUCAACAGCACUGUGCCCAUCGCGGCCGAGCAGCUGAAGAAGAUGGGCGUGUACGACAAGCGGAAGGUGAUGGGCGUGACCACCCUGGACGUGGUGCGUGCCAAGACCUUCUACGCCGAGAAGAACGGCCUGGACGUGGCCAGCGUGGACGUGCCCGUGGUGGGCGGCCACGCCGGCGUGACCAUCCUGCCGCUGUUCUCCCAGGCCACCCCCAAGGCCACCAUGUCGGCUGAGGUGCUGGACGCGCUCACCAAGCGUACCCAGGACGGCGGCACUGAGGUGGUGCAGGCCAAGGCCGGCAAGGGCUCGGCCACCCUGUCCAUGGCCUACGCCGCCGCCCUGUUCGCGGACUCGUGCCUGCGCGGCCUGAACGGCGCCCCCGUGGUGGAGUGCACCUACGUGGAGUCCACCGUCACGGACGCGCCCUACUUCGCCUCCAAGGUCAAGCUCAGCACCGAGGGUGUGGACAAGAUCCACGACCUGGGCCCGCUGUCGGACUACGAGAAGGCCGGCCUCAAGGCCAUGAUGCCCGAGCUGCUGGCGUCGAUCGAGAAGGGUGUGCAGUUCGUCAAGGGCGCCUAAAGCGGUGCUCAGCGGUGCAAGAUGAGAGCGUCUGCUGCUUGUGGCGCCGCGUUACGGCCGGAUUGGGACCUCUCCUAGCCUAGGGUGGGCUAGCCAGCCUGCAGCGAAGGGUGUGGUGUAGUGCUCGUAUGAUGCUUGGUGUUGUGUGUUGGCAGAGGCGGGGAUGGUGUUUGUGGCGGCGGCGAUUGCCGGCGCAGCGAGAGCGAGAGGGAGGAUGCGCACCAGGCUUUACAACUUGAGUCAACGUGUUCGUUUCGGAUUGUUUGGCAAACAGGCCACCUUGGGUGGGCUACCUUGUCAUUGUGUGUAAGCUUCUUGACGGUGAGCGCGUCAACCAGUCUGUUUGGGCCAGGCCGUGAUUAUUCGCACGGGUGUGCGGAUGGCGCACCAGCAAAGCAAUGUGUCGCGUGUUAAGGACAGCCCUUGCUGUCGCCCUUGGACUGCCACUCCUUGAUUACAGCGCAACUGCGGGGCGCGGGCGGCUCAGUGCGUUUUGGGGGCAACUCUGGCACCCGCCUCCCCGGGAGCGCACCAGCAACAAGAUGGUCAGUAAUACACGAGAG